UGUUAUUCGAGUUGCCGCCGUCAAUCGUUCGAGUUGCUCGCUCCUUUUCGCUUGCGCUUAAUAUUUUCUUAAGCACUGAAUAUACGGCGAUUCUUCCGUGUUUACACUAAUCACAUCAUUCUCAGUCGCCUUCGUUGAGCCACCGAGUCAGUCUCGAACAGACUAAAUAAAACUAUUCAGAUUCACCGCGAGAUAAAAUGGAUAACGAGAAUCUAAGCUGCGCCUACGACGGCGAAGAAAAUGCACAACUGUCGCCACUGCAGUGUCUCCCGGUGGAGAUAUUCCUGCAUAUUUGUUCCUUUCUAGAUGGGUCGACGUUGGUACACGGUUUGAGCUUAGUGUGCAAACAAUUCUACCAGACUUUAAAAGAUGCAAACUCAUUGUGGAAAGCACGAAUUAACCAUAUAUGGCCAGAUGCUAGCUACCCGCUUUUGCCUCCCGCGACACCCGACGAACUGUGUUGGAUGUUGUCAUACGUUACAAUCAAACAAGAAACAGCACUGUGGAAACAGCAAAAGAAUAGAUUGUUCAUGAAGAAAUCACAUAAUUCCUUUCAAGAUGCUGUGUCACUGAUGCAUGUAAAUGGAAUCUCUCAUGUAGUUUAUACGUCAAACAGACACUUACUUUACAAGGAAAUUCCCUCACGCAAGAAAUUAUCUCAUGAAAUCGAGAAUUCCGGCCGCAUAUGCGCACAUAGCGCAGGUAUCAAGGAUAUAACGGCGAUAGACAACACGAUGUACAGCUGCAGCUUGGAUCCGAAUGUCAAGUCGUGGAUGCUCACUAACACCGGUCUUGUCCAUCAGAGAACUUACGAUUU